AUGGCGACAGCUGAAAGCUACUAUGACAGCUCCACUCGCAGUGGCGCCCAGUAUAUGAAGGAAGGCACGGCAAAGGCCCCGUAUGGGAUUGACAUUCCACCCACCCCAGGCGACGAGCCGUCCUAUUUCCCGCAGAAAGGGACCAAUAGGUUUGCAGAGGACAAGUCAGGCCCCCUCCUGGCCAAACACAGAGACCCCCAGUUCCUGACAAACAACCCCUACGAAGUCGUCAAGGCCGCAGCCGAUUUGGCACUAACGAAGGCAAACACCCCUCUCUCGUCGCUGUUCGUUGGAGGGUUCAUGUCGGGGGCUUACCUGGGCUUUGGGGGGCUGAUCAUGACGGUCGUUGGUUCCCUCAAUAUGCAGGAGAAUGUCAAUAGCACUUGGCGUUUCACGAAGCUCCCCGGGCUAACAGCAAUCCUCUUCUCAAAGCGCGCGUGCCUGGCGCGACCCCUGGGGGCUGGCGCUUACCCUGCUGAAGCGCUGUCGCUUGAGAUAUUACAACGAAUCAACGCAGGAGCAAACGUCUGCAGUUUGAACACUUUCAAAGAAGCGAUGCGAGCUCGGAACUGGCUUUCACAGUUGCCAGGACGCACCAGAUUGUUUUCCGGCGCUCCGUCCUCCAACUCGAGCACCCGUGCCGAGUCGAGCACUCCGGCCCCGGCCAGCUCCGGGGAUACCGGGCCGAGCGUGGGUGCAGGCGCAGGGGGGUUCUCGGACAGCUGUUCGGACCCCCCGGAAGCGUUGCGGAGCCACUUUUCCAGCUUUAUGGUCACGUGA